AUGCAGACUGCUUCUACAAACAUUUGUGAAAGCAUGGGUUGCUCUCAGGAGCUCAGUGAAUUCAAGCGUGGUACAGUGAUAGGUUGCCACCUGUGCAAUAAGUCCAACCAUGAAAUUUCCUUGCUACUAAAUAUUCCACGGUCAACUGUUAUUGGCAUUAUAACAAAGUGGGAACAACAGCAAUUCAGCCACGAAGUGAGCAGGGUCAGCACAUGCUGAAGCACACAGUGCACAGAAGUCACCAACUGUCUGUAAAGUCAAUAGCUAAAGACCUCCAAACUACCUGUGACCUUCAGAUUAGCACAACAACAGUGCAUAGAGAGCUUCAUGGAAUAGGUUUCCAUGGUCAA